UUGUGUUCACAGUAUCUCACCUACCUUCUGCCGGCUAGUGUAUUUACUUUUUUACUGAGUGUUGUUUGAUAGAUUUCCAAUACUUUUCUUAACCAUGAGUUUAAAGGUUUACUACGACCUCAUGUCGCAACCAGCGAGAGCUGUGGUACUCUUCUGCAAAGCCAACAAAAUUCCUUUCACGCCAAAGCCAGUGGCUCUUCGAAAAUACGAGCAUCAAAGUGAGGAAUAUGGUCUCAUUAGUCCUUUUCGGAAAGUUCCUGUUAUUCAAGAUGGUGAUUUUACACUGACAGAGAGUGUAGCUAUCCUUCAAUACCUUGCUGAUCGGUUUGACUGCCCGGAUCAUUGGUACCCUAAAGACCCCAAGGCACGGGGUAAGGUGCAGGAGUACAUGGCGUGGCAGCACUGGAACACCCGCAUGCAUUGUGCAACAGUAUUCAUACAGGAGGUGAUCUUACCUAAAGCGACUGGCAACCCGCCAGAUGAAGGAAAACUAAGUAAGCACGUCGCUGCAAUGAACACCACACUCACAAACAUGGAGAAUUUUUUCCUGAAGGACACCCCGUAUAUCUCCGGACAUCAGAUCAGCAUUGCAGACCUGCUUGGAGUGUGUGAGGUGGUACAAGUUUCCGCUUCGGGUCGAGACGUCACCGCCGACCAUCCCAAAAUAGCGACGUGGAUAAAGCGCGUCAGGGAAGAGCUCAGUCCACACUUCGACGAGGUCUUCACGGUUAUAAACAGAGUGCGAGACAUGAGUUUGAAACAGCAGAAAUCAAAACUAUGAAAACAGAAACUGAAAGGACAUUGAUGGAUACAUGGCCGUGGAGUCCAAAAGCAGUCUGCUGAAAGCCCCACAAUCUUUGAGGGGAUAUGAUGAUUGAAAAACAUGAUUUGAAAAUUGUUCAUGAUCAGAAAUUUCCACAAGAUACAUUGCAAGAGUGUGAUAUAUCUUCAGUGAGGAACAGAAUAUUUCAAGAAAUUCCUAUUCAGAAGUAAUUAUUCUCCUAAAAAUUGUCCUGUGCUACAUGGCACUGCAAUCUGCUGUGGAGGUGUGUUCCAAUACAGCAAUACAUUCGUUCUUCAAAAUGCCACGAAUCUUUGUGGAAUUCUGUGGAAUUUUGUUUUCUAACAAAGUGAACUUAGUGUAGGGGGGUAAAUAUUAAAUCAGAUCAGGUCCAAUCCUAAGAAACCUUUCUUUUCAACAAAGUUUUUUUCAAUACUAACAAUUCGACCUCUUUUAAAGACACUGGACACUAUUGGUAAUUGUCAAAGACAA